AUGAAUAAUCUCCUUUUCGCAAGACUUCCGUUAAGAAGAGCACCUUUGUUGGCGCGAAACUUCUCGCGUUCAAAAACCAUCGAAAAAAGCAUGGUUAAAAAAUCUGAUAGACAUGACAUCAUUUCUUUACAAGAAGAAAUCUUGAAGAAAAUAGACGAAAAAUUUAUUAAUUUAUAUAAUAGGAAGGAAAUAGAAAGAGUGGAAGAAAAGAUGGUUUUGGUGAAACAAAAUUGCGAAAUUCAAAGAGAUUUGUUAAGUCGCACGCAGAAAUUACUACAAAUAAAGAAUUUGAUUAAUGUCCUUGGGGUGUUAGAAUUCAUCCGCUCACAGAUUUUACCAUUAUCAAUUAAAAAACGCUCGUUUUCUGAACCAAAUGACAAGGCAUUGAAGAUUUUGUCACAUAAUGAGAAAUUCAUUAAAGAAUUAACUCAUGCCUGUGAAGCAAACUCCCUUCGAUAUAAUGAUGUCCGAAGAAGUUUAGGUGGAUUAUAUCAUGCCGCUUCAAAAAAUUUUCAUGGUCAUGAAAAAGACAUUGUCAUCGAUUCAAGAAGCUUUACAAAAAAUGAAGUUUUUGUAUUGGGAGUAUUAUUUCGAUAUUUUAACAUUCCAUAUGAUUAUUGUAAUGAAGAUGGAGACUUGGUUGAAUACCCUUAUAAAGUUUAA